AUGACUAUGUCAUUCAUAGCGCUAGCCACACAAGCCGCCGACAUCCAGAUCCUUCGCCCCCACCCAUCCACCUUCGUGUGCCUAUCCUUGAUCGACCCCUUCGACGCCGCUGCCACCGCCAUCGCCCAUGCCCCUCUCCCCGACACGAUUGCCAAGCUAUUGCUAUUAAUCUCGUUUUUCUAUGUAGAGAACUCCGACAAUGGCCCAGAUCUGAUGGCAAGGGAGGCAUUGACAUGGUGGGUGGAAUUUCCAGAAGAAAGCGUUGCGACAGGGGAAGAGGAAGAAGAAGAAGAAGAAGAACAGUAG